AUGGGAAUCGCUGAUGGGCAAAGAAGGAGAUCUUCAUCGUUGCGAACGCAGAUGUUCAAUAAGCAUUUAUAUGACAAAUAUCGUGGAAGAACCGAUGACGAGAUAGAAUUAGAAGAUAUCAAUGAGAAUAAGGCAUCUUCUAAUGGCGAUAAUAAUGAUGGCGAUGGUGGAGAUGAGAAUAGUGGCAGUUACGCCGUGGAAGUGGAAUUUGAAGAGGAGGGAUACGACAGUCCAGAAGCGUCAUAUAAUAUUGUUACUAAAAUACUUGAUACUAUCCUAGAUCGACGGAGAACGUUCCAUUCCAAAGAUGGUAGACAUAUUCCGAUUAUACUAGAUCACAAUGCAAUCGAAUACCAGCGAGCUGCUAAUAAAAGGGACUGUUAUUUAAUAGACGAAAGAUUUAGCAAGCCUUACUGUGAUAAUCGAAUAACAUCGUCAAGAUAUACCUUGUAUUCUUUUCUCCCUAGACAACUUUAUGCACAAUUUUCAAAGUUGGCCAACACCUACUUUUUCAUCGUGGCUGUUUUACAAAUGAUACCUGGAUGGUCUACAACUGGUACUUACACGACCAUUAUCCCCUUAUGUGUAUUUAUGGGUAUAUCUAUGACAAGAGAAGCAUGGGACGAUUUCAGAAGACAUCGUUUGGAUAAGGAAGAAAAUAACAAACCUGUAGAUGUUUUAAUUAAAGAUGAAGUCUAUGACUCACACGAAGUGUAUGGACUACCAAACAGUGUUAUGUCUUCGACUGCGUAUUUAACAAAAUUGAAGGCUGCUGAAAACGACCUGCCUUCUAAUAGUGAUCAAAAUUACACACAAAGACAAUUCUUAGACACUCACUUUAAUAAUUUCGAACUUCUCAAGAUCAAGUAUAAUGUUCAUAUUCAACAAAAAAAGUGGGAGAAACUACGCGUGGGAGAUUUCGUGCUUCUUACCCAGGAUGAUUGGAUACCUGCAGAUUUACUUUUAUUGACAUGCGAUGGCGAAAAUAACGAAUGUUUCGUUGAAACCAUGGCUUUAGAUGGUGAAACAAACUUGAAAAGUAAGCAACCUCAUCCAGAAUUAAAUAAACUGACAAAAGCUGCGUCAGGUCUAGCAAAUAUAAACGCUCAGGUUACUGUGGAAGAUCCCAAUAUUGACCUAUAUAAUUUUGAGGGUAAUUUAGAACUAAAAAACUCUCGCAAUGAUACCAUAAUGAAAUAUCCCUUAGGCCCUGACAAUGUGAUAUACCGUGGCAGUAUUUUGAGGAACACUCAAAAUGUUGUUGGCAUGGUUAUCUUUAGUGGUGAAGAAACCAAAAUCAGAAUGAACGCUUUGAAAAAUCCAAGAACUAAGGCACCUAAGCUACAAAGAAAAAUAAAUAUGAUUAUUGUGUUUAUGGUACUCGUUGUUGCCGUAAUAUCCCUGUUCUCUUAUUUUGGGCAUGUUUUGCAUAAAAAAAGAUACAUCGACAAAAACCAGGCAUGGUAUCUGUUCCAGACAGAUGCCGGUGUAGCACCAACAAUAAUGUCCUUUAUCAUCAUGUAUAAUACCAUUAUUCCUUUGUCUUUGUAUGUGACGAUGGAAAUCAUCAAGGUAAUUCAAAGUAAAAUGAUGGAAUGGGACAUUGAUAUGUACCACGCAGAAACAAAUACGCCGUGUGAAUCGAGGACAGCAACGAUUUUGGAAGAAUUAGGGCAGGUGUCAUACAUCUUUAGUGAUAAAACGGGAACGCUGACAGAUAAUAAGAUGAUUUUUCGUAAGUUUUCUCUAUGUGGAUCAUCUUGGAUGCAUAAUGCAGAUCUCAGCACUUCCGAAGAUACUUCGGAUGAUAACAAUAGAGACAAUACAAGCUAUUUGAAAUUGCCACCAAAAGUUCGCAACGGCUCUAAUAUAGAUGUUGUUUCCAUCGGAGACCAAAACGUUCUUGAUCGGCUUGGACUUUCAAAGGAAUCGAUUGAGAAGGUGCAACGUCCAUCUUUAGAUGAGUUUCCUCAGUCCAGAAAUUCCAUUGAAUAUAAAGGAAACUCAUCGGCAAUUUAUACAGGUCGUCCCAGUAUGCGAUCACUUUUUGGGAAAGAAAAUCUCCAUUCAAAUAAAGAAGCUUCUGAUUUCUCCCCGUAUGAAUCGUUUAAGGAUGAUAUUAAGAGCUCGUUCGACUUAAUUCAAUUCAUUCAGAGAUACCCAACAGCCCUAUUUUCACAAAAGGCAAAAUUUUUCUUUUUGUCGCUAGCUCUUUGUCACACUUGUCUUCCCAAAAAAGCUUCUAAUGAGUCCAUGGAAGAAGACUCUGUAGAAUACCAAUCGUCAUCUCCAGAUGAAUUGGCCCUUGUUACCGCUGCUAGAGACCUGGGUUACAUUGUGUUGAAUAGAAAUGCUCAAAUUUUGACCAUAAAAACUUUCCCAGACGGCUUUGAGGGUGAUGCUAUAUUGGAGGAUUAUGAGAUUUUGAAUUAUAUUGAUUUUAAUUCUCAAAGAAAGAGAAUGUCUGUUCUUGUACGUCUUCCAAAUCGCCCAAAUCAAGUUCUUCUGAUUUGCAAAGGCGCUGACAACGUUAUUAUAGAACGUUUGCAUGACCAUGAGUUGGCUGCCAAAAAAAUGGCUGAUAUAUGUGCCAAUACCAAGGAACGUAAAGACGCUGAAGCAGAGUUGGUUCUCCAGCAAAGAAAAUCCUUGGAAAGAACAGUAAAUGAGGAAGCCAGGACAUCGUUGAGAAAUUCUUUGUCCGGUAUACCAAGGGCAAGUUUAUCAUUGCAGGCAGUGAGAAGAAGUCUGUCAAUGAAAAAUAGUAGGUCUCGCGAUCCCGAGAAACAAAUCGACUCCAUCGAUCAAUUUCUAGAAACUGUUAAAAAAUCUGAUCAGGAGAUUGACAGUGUUGUAAAUAAAAGUAGAAAGUCUCUCCAUAAGCAACAAGUUGAGAAAUAUGGGCUUCAAGCUUCCUCAAACGAGACACGUUCUCCAAACAGUAACUUAGCAAUGAAUUCAAAGAAGGAAGGGUCACAAUACGAUUACGAUACAGAACUUUUGGAACACAUAGGAAAUGACGAACUGAUUUUGAAUGAAGAAUAUGUUAUCGAAAGGACACUGCAAGCAAUUGAUGAGUUUUCUACUGAAGGCCUAAGAACUCUGGUUUACGGUUACAAAUGGAUCGAUAUCGCGCAUUAUGAUAAUUGGAAUAAACGCUAUCAUCAAGCUAAAACCUCUUUAACUGAUAGGAAAAUGAAAAUCGAUGAAGUUGGUGCAGAGAUUGAGGACGGUUUAAAUCUUUUGGGCGUAACUGCAAUUGAAGACAAGUUACAAAAGGGUGUGUCAGAAGCUAUCGAAAAGAUUAGAAGGGCUGGCAUAAAAAUGUGGAUGUUGACGGGGGAUAAAAGGGAAACGGCCAUAAAUAUUGGAUAUUCCUGUAUGCUGAUUAAAGAUUAUUCUACGGUUGUAAUCUUAACAACCACUGAUGAAAAUAUUAUCUCAAAGAUGAAUGCAGUCUCUCAAGAAGUUGAUUCCGGAAAUAUUGCACAUUGUGUUAUAGUAAUUGAUGGUGCCACAUUGUCUAUGUUUGAAGGAAAUCCUACAUAUAUGUCUGUUUUCACUGAACUUUGUACCAAAACAGACUCAGUGCUUUGUUGUCGUGCUUCACCUUCCCAGAAAGCCCUUAUGGUUUCGAAUAUAAGAAAUACAGACCCAAAUCUAGUCACGCUUGCUGUAGGUGAUGGUGCGAACGAUAUUGCUAUGAUACAGUCUGCUGAUAUAGGUGUUGGAAUAGCGGGUAAAGAGGGUUUACAAGCAUCCAGAGUAUCAGAUUAUUCUAUCGGUCAGUUCAGGUUCCUUUUGAAAUUAUUACUUGUUCAUGGGCGUUAUAACUAUAUUCGGACUUCCAAGUUCAUGCUUUGCACGUUUUACAAAGAAAUUACGUUUUAUUUUACGCAGUUGAUAUAUCAAAGAUAUACAAUGUUCUCAGGCUCUUCUUUGUAUGAACCAUGGUCACUAUCCAUGUUCAAUACCCUAUUCACGUCAUUGCCAGUUCUAUGCAUCGGUAUGUUUGAAAAAGACUUGAAGCCAAUGACUUUACUAACUGUCCCUGAACUGUAUUCAUAUGGUCGUCUCUCCCAAGGAUUUAAUUGGCUGAUUUUCAUGGAAUGGGUUGUUUUGGCGACUGCGAAUUCUCUGCUCAUUACAUUUUUGAAUGUAGUAAUGUGGGGCAUGAGUUCUCUUUCUGAUAACACCAUGUAUCCUCUGGGACUCAUUAACUUCACAGCUAUUGUUGCCUUAAUCAACGUUAAGUCGCAAUUUGUUGAAAUGCACAACAGAAACUGGUUGGUUUUUACUUCCGUUGUUUUGUCCUGCGGAGGCUGGUUGGUUUGGUGCUGUGCGCUUCCUAUUUUGAACAAAACUGACCAAAUUUAUGACGUAGCCUAUGGAUUCUACAAUCAAUUCGGCAGGGAUAUUACAUUUUGGUGUACCAGCUUGGUAUUAGCUCUGUUGCCUAUCACUUUGGAUAUAGUGUACAAAACAAUUAAAGUCAUGAUAUGGCCAUCGGACUCUGAUAUUUUUGCUGAAUUGGAACAAAAAAAUGAUAUCAGAAAGAAGCUGGAACUCGGUGCUUAUAGUGAGAUGAGGCAAGGGUGGACGUGGGAUAAAGAUCCUAGUACUUUAACACGCUACACGGAUAAGGUCCUCUCAAGAUCAAGAACCAAUUCACGGACAAGUGCAAAAGCGCAUGAUAUAAACCUAGUGGAAAAUGGUAAUAUGGACUAUUUGCCAAAGAAAAGCAUAUUACUGAACCCAUCAGAAAAGAGCUCUGAACGUUAUGAAGUAUUACCCAGUGGUAAGUUAAUCAGGCGGCCAUCUUUGAAAUCACAAACUAGCAAAGAAAGCGUUGGUGGUAACAUAACCACUAAAAUCACGAAGAAGCUUAAGCUUCCAUCAAGAAAUGCGGAAGAGGAGGAUGUCAAACAGAUCAUUCAAGCAAGACUUAAGGAUUUGGAGUGA